AUGAAAGGUGGUGCAGAUCAAAAUCAUCAGAAGUUGGAAUUGCCGGCCGGGUUCAGGUUUCAUCCGACAGAUGAAGAGCUCGUGGUGCAUUACCUGUGCCGGAAAUGUGCAGGGCAGCCAAUUGAUGCUCCGAUUAUAGCUGAGAUUGAUCUCUACAAGUUUAACCCUUGGGACCUUCCAGGCAUGGCACUUUAUGGUGAGAAAGAGUGGUACUUCUUUUCUCCAAGAGACCGGAAAUACCCGAAUGGUUGUCGGCCAAACAGGGCAGCGGGAUGGGGAUACUGGAAGGCCACUGGAGCAGAUAAGCCUCUGGGAAAGCCAAAGUCACUGGGAAUAAAGAAGGCUCUGGUUUUUUAUGCCGGAAAACCUCCUAAAGGAGUCAAAACCAAUUGGAUUAUGCAUGAAUACCGCUUAGCUAAUGUUGACAGAUCUGCUGGCAGCAAAAGGGACAAUUUGAGGCUUGAUGAUUGGGUAUUGUGUCGACUAUACAACAAGAAAGGUACUAUUGAAAAGCAUUACAGUGUCGAUCAGAAGACACUGGAUUUUUCAGAUACCGAAGAACAGAAGCCGAAAAUAGGAACAUGCCCGUAUAAUGGAAUGGUGAACCAAGUGGUGCCACUGGUUCAAGAAUCACAAUCCAUGUUCGACUCAUUACAGAUGACGAAUGAUUAUCCGCAUUUCAACACAUCUGAGUCAGUAACCAAGUUGCAUACUGAUUCGAGUAGUUCCAACCACCACGUAUUAUCACCAGAGUUCACGUGCGAUAAGGAGGUCGAAAGUGUUCCGAAAUGGAGCGAUUUCGAGAAAUCCCUGAAUUAUCAGCUUAAUUACACGGACGGUUUUCAAGAUUACAAUUUUGCUUCACAAGUGCAUUAUGAUGGCCAGCUCUCUCUGUUUCAAGACAUGCUCAUGUACAUGCAAAAGCCUUCUGACUGA